AUGGAAGAGGUGAGGAGGCUAGAGGAGCACUUUGAUGGGUUACAAACAGAACACGUACCCCGUGCGAAAAACAGCAUUGCUGACCACCUGUCAAAGUGCGCUGCGCAGAAGCUUCCUGUGGAACCAAGAACUUUUGUAUUCCACCUAACCCAACCAUCAGUUUCUCCAUCAGCAUUGGCCAGGAAAAGAAGAAAAAUCAACACUGGCAAACAUUCCCCGGCAGAGCUCCCUAAAGCCGCUAGUGAGAAGGUUGCCGGGGGAAACCCUAUGCUAGCUGGCGAGCUGCGUUCUCCGGCAGAACUUCAAGUUCUUGCUAUCGAGGCAAGCUCUCCCACAGUAGAGGAGAUGCCUUUAGUCUUUGUCGUCGAGCCUCAAGCUCUGGCAUGGGUGCAACAUAUAGUCCAAUUCUCGAAAACUGGAGAACUUCCUGACAAUCCAGAGGAAUCUGAGAAAGUGGCCCGGCAAUCGAGUAUGUACCAGUUUGUGGGCGACAUUCUGUACAGAAAGAGGCCAAAUGGCAUGAAGCUAAAGUGUAUCAGUCAAGAAGAUGGACUAAUGCUGUUGGCAGAGAUACAUGGAGGUGUGUGUGGCUCACAUCCGGGAUCAAGAGCACUUGUCGGGAAAGAUUUUCGGCAAGGAUUCUAUUAG